AUGGCACUGACAGCGGCGCUCCCGUCAUCAACCCCACCAACACCGUCUACGACCUUGGCCCGUUGUCCUCGAAAAAGUUUCCUCAAGUUGGACAUAACCGCGUCUGUGCAUGACAUCACAGCUUCCACUAUUCCGAAAGUGUUCAGAAUGUUUUCGAAAAUAUCUCACAUGGCCACCUUUGUCAAUGACGAUAAUAGUAUAGUCGGCCGCACUGCGUCCAAGUUGUCGCCCGAGUGGAUCGACUUGAGAGAUCCCGAGUCUUGUCAUGGGUUCAAGAGAGGAGAGGCCGCCAGACAGUGUGGGUUCACGGCCUGCUUUGCACUCCCGUUUCUCGUCAGAGGACAUGUAUUCGCUUCCAUUCUUUUUUAUGAUGACCAACAGCGCUCCGAUGUCCGCCCGGAUAUUAACAUUGCACAGGAUAUUGCAAGUUGUCUUGGAAAUUGUUAUGGCGCAUCGGCUGCCUAA